AUGAGCACUUCCUUACCGCCACAAAAUAUAUUAGCAAUUCAAUAUUCAGAAUUCGAUGUUGAUAUUGGUCCCGUUAUUUAUUAUGAGACAGCUCAAACAGAUUUUAGUAAUAAACGUUUGUUUGGAUCAAUUCAAAAUUUUGUUUGUCCCCAUAAAAGUUUAGAAAAUCGAUUUAUUGUAUUAAAAAUUAAUCAACAAAAAUUAAUUGGAUGUCCAGUAAUUAUACAAGCGGAUAAAACUCAUUCCUAUCCUCGAAAUCAAUUUCGUUUUAAUGUUUGUUUUGUUGUACCAGCUGAAGCUGAUGCAUUAAAAUAUGAAGUUGCUGUGAGAAAAUUAGCAAAAUAUUUAUCCAUGCUUGAAACAAAUCAUGGGUUUUUAUAUAAUUGUGAACUAAAACGUAACCAUUUAUCAGCAGCACUCGAUAUAAUUGUUCGUGAUAUCAAUGAAAAAGGACAAUGUUCGGUGAAGAUUUACGAAUCAGUUUACAUUAAUUUAAAAUUAUUAGAAAAACGCGAAGAUCCACCUACUGUUAAAAUUGUUGAUGUACCAAUGUUUUGUAAAAAUAUAGAUUUAGAUCAUAUUGAACAAAUGGAUUUAAUGACACAACAAUACAAAAAUCGUUAUAUUGUUACACCAGAAAUUCGUGAAUUAUAUUCAAAUUCUGAACGUCAAAAAGAAUUGGCAUUUUUUACUGUAAGAAAAGGCUGUAAAGAAUUACCAACAUUUUAUGAUAUUUUUCAAAUGGUUUGUGCAUUUGAUCAUGGUUCAAAAGUGAAAGAUAUUACUAAUAAAUUAAAAUUAACAAAUAUUGAUGAAAAAAAAUUAGUACAAUAUUGUGUAUUAAAAGGUUAUUUAAGACGUGUUCGUCAAUAUCCCAUAUUAUUGUAUGAUGUAAACGAGUCUAUAUCAAAUGGAGAAAAAAUGUUGAACACUAAAAAUGGUAAAAAAUCUUUUAAAGAAUUUUGUGAUGGUACAAACGAUAUGGAUAAUAUUCAGUGUGCAUCAACCGUUUACAAUAUGAAUAAUGAUGCUCAACAAUUUGAUAUUCACAUGAAUCAUUUGCUAAUUAUUGGUUUAAUCUUAUAUAAUCAAUGUAGUAUAACUGUUUAUUCAAUAUUAACUAUACCAGUCGGAAUAAUGUUUGGAAAUAAAGUUGGUAAUGAUUUUAAACGUAUUAAUCCAAUUGCUCGACAAUUUGUAUUAGAUAAACUUGAACGUCGUUAUCAAUAUAACAUAACAGAAUUGACUAGUGAUGAAUAUAAUGAUACUGUUGACAUGUGGACAUCAUUAUGUAAUAAAUUAUUUAAUGGUACAAUGUCUAUUAUAUGUUAUUCUAAUGAUAAUGAACUUGAUUGGUUAUCGGGUUUUUCUGAUACAUAUCAUGUGCCAUUUAUUAUUAUUGGACGAUAUGUACCAUCGUUAAAAUAUUUUUAUUCACUAGAUCGUAAUCAAACAUCUCCUCAUUAUUUUGUAUCAUUAAUGCCAAAUUUAAUACCGGCAUUAAUUGCGUUUAUACGUCGAUAUAAUUUAAAAGAAAUAUAUUAUAUUUAUGAUGGUAUUGAUAGUUCUCAACGUCUAAAAGAAUUAAUGUAUAUUCAAACACAAACACAAUCUUCCGUUUUAAAUCAAUUACAUAUUAUUAGUCGUUAUUUACCAAGUUCAAAUGAUUCUUAUGAUUUAUUACACAGUAUUGAAUUGACUAAUAUGCAAACACGUACAGCACUCGGACGAUAUGUUGUAUUGGAUUUUAAUGAUUUUUCAACUUAUCGUACAAUGAUGGAUAAAAUAAAACAUCGUGGAAUGACAACAAAUGAUUAUCAUUAUAUUCUAUUAACAUUAAAAGCAAAAUUAUUAGAUAUGACUUAUUUUAGAUAUGGUGGUGUUAAUGUGACGUUUUUUGCAUUACCAAAUUCAUUUAAUAUAGAAAAUGCUAAUAAUCAACAAUAUUGUUCAAUAGAUAAUUGUACAAUUUUAAAUAAAACAACUGAUUUAUAUUUAAAAAAUUUAAAACAAGCAAAUAUUAUUGAUAAUGAACAAACUUAUUUAUCAUUAGAAGCAUUGCUUAUGGCUGAUUCAUGGGAAUUAUUUUUACGUACAAUUAAUACAAUGUUAAAUUCAAAUGAAACACGUGAUAGUUUAAAAGUAUUUCGACAAGGACGCUUUUAUAAUGGUUUAACACCAGGAAUUGAUUGUAAUCAAUUACAACCAUGGUUAGCUGGUGAAAUUUAUCGUGAACGUUUAUUAAAUACAACAUUUCAAGGUUUAUCGGGCAAUGUUCAAUUUAAUCAAAAUGGUGAAAGAGAAAAUUAUACUCUAGAUGUUUAUAGAGUGACAAGAAAUGAAUUACCAAAAAAAAUUGGCUUUUUUAAAGCACCAUCAACAUUAGAAGUGGCUGAUGAUACAGCAUAUCGUUUUCGUGGAACAUAUGAUAAUCGAACACGAUUAAUAACCACUAUAUUCGAUGAACCAUUUUUAAUGUUAAAAAAAGAUCGUAAUGAUACAUUAACCGAGAAAACUAUUGAACCUGGUACAAUCUUGGACGCAUCAAUGGUUGAAGGUUAUUGUGUGGAGUUAGCACAUGUUAUUUGUCAUGAUAAAUUAAAAAUUCCAUACAAAUUUAGAAUUGAAACAAAAUAUGGUAACGAAGUAACAAAAGGAAAAUGGGAUGGAAUGGUUGGUGCAUUAGUUAACAGAGAUGCUGAUUUAGCGAUUGCCCCAUUAACAAUAAAUGGUGCACGAGAAAAAGCUGUCGAUUUUUCCAAACCAUUUAUCGAUCUAGGCAUAUCAAUUAUGAUAAGAAAGCCGGAAAAACAAAAACCAGGUGUUUUCUCAUUUAUGGCACCGUUAUCAAAAGAAAUAUGGAUAUGUGUUAUUUUAUCCUAUGUACUUGUUAGCUGUAUUCUAUUUUUUGUCAGUCGUUUUUCGUCCUAUGAAUGGUAUUUCGAAAAUGAAAAUGAUAUUGUACCUCAGAAUAAAUUUACUAUUCAUAAUGCAUUAUUUUUUUCCUUUGCGGCAUUUAUGCAUCAAGGUGUAGACUUAUUACCAAGGUCCAUAUCCGGUCGUGUUGUUACAUCGGCAUGGUGGUAUUUUAGCCUUAUUUUAGUAUCAUCAUAUACUGCUAAUUUAGCAGCAUUUCUUACCGUUGAAAAACUCAUAACACCAAUAGACUCUGUUGAAGGUUUGGCACAACAAGUUGAUAUUCGCUAUGGUGUAGUAACAGGAGGAUCAACAAUGGCAUUUUUUAACAAAUCCACGUUGACAACGUUUAAAAAAAUGUGGAAUUUUAUGCAACAACAUAAAGAUGAUGUUUUUGUGGCAUCAAAUCGUGAAGGAAUUGAAAAAGUACGAAAAUCGAAAGGUAAAUAUGCAUUUUUAUUAGAAUCAACGGUAAAUGAAUAUGUUAAUGAACGUCGUCCAUGUAAUACGAUGCGAAUAGGUGAUAACAUUGAUUCAAAAGGUUACGGUAUUGCAACACCAUUAGGUUCCGAUUUACGUGAGGCAAUUAAUAUUGCCGUGUUAGAAUUAACAGAAAGUGGGUAUUUAGAAGGUUUAAAACAAAGAUGGUAUUAUGAACGAUCAGAAUGUACGAAUGUUGGUGCAAAAGAGUCAAAACAACAAAUCGGUACAGAAUUAAACUUAGUGAAUGUUGCUGGAAUAUUUUAUAUUUUAAUUAUUGGUCUUGGACUGGCGAUGAUUAUUGCAUUUCUUGAAUUUUUAAUUAAAGCAAAAUUAGAUUCAAAACGCUUAAAUUGGAAUAUACGUGAUGUUAUGAGACGAAAUUUGAGAAUAUCAAUAACAGGAAUUGAUUUUGAUGAAAAAAAAAUUGUCAGUUAUUGGCCAUUAUCGCAACAACAUCAAAGUUCAAACUCGACACCAAGAAGAAGUUUAGAACAGCAACAACAACUACAUGGAAAUAGAACACCAACAGUUCUAAGUGUACAAUCAGAACGAUCAUCAACGCCCACGAUAAAAGGAAUCAAAGAUACAAACACCAAUAAUCUUGAUCAUGUUUCACACAACGCAAGAAAUCGUAACAUCAAUGAAUUAAUGUUAUUUAUUCUUCUUAUACAUGUUUGCUAUUUAAUAUCAUCGCUAGAGAGUUGGAAUCGAUUUAAUGAUUUAACUCAUUUAUUAUUAAAUCAUUCAUCAGAUAGAUCAAUUUACGAAAAUCAAUCACAAUUUCCACCAUCACUACCAAUAAAUAGCUUUGAUUUAAAUUAUUAUGAACAAGUUCGAUCGUAUAUCUACAGUCGUCUAUCAUCCUAUAUCACAAUCGCUGAUAUGUGUUUACAAGAUCCGUACACAUCUUCAUUAUGUUCAUGGCCAAAUAUUCAUACAAUAUUAAAAUAUAUUUGUUUAUUUUCUAAUACAGAAUUACCACAAUUUCGAGGUUAUUGUCAUAUUGAAAUGAUAUUGAUGCAGUUUAAUUAUUGUCGAGUAAAACUAGAUGAUUGGUGUCAAACAUAUCGUUUCUUAAAUACUCUAAGAGAUACACUAUAUAUAUGUCGAAAGAAUGGUCAUGUUCAACUCAUCAAACAUUAUUGUACUAAAGUACUACUAAUUGGUGGUUUAAAAACCAUAAUUGUUUACUUGGUUAUGAUUGAUAAACAUCCUCAAACACAUCCAAAUGAAUAUAUAGAAUUAAAACAUUUUCUCAUUGAUUUUGUUAAAAUGAUUUUCUUUUAUAAAACGGAUAUAAUCAAAAAAAAGAUAAUGAAAACAGGUUCAAUACUCGAUCAACAUGAACAUGAUGAUAUACAGGAUAUUAAUUCAAUACACAAUUAUUUACAUAGUAUAACCGAUCAAAUUAUACAAGAAAAUAUUAUGGAUGCUAUCCAUCUCGCCACGACGAAUUAUACUCUCAUAUAA